CAACCGGAUCGCCAACACAUCGUCGUGCCUUUGGGCGAUGGCACAUGGUGGCCCUGCAAUCAAAAGCGAGUAGUUGGAGCGUUGAUCUGUUAACACAGAAUCGGGCAAUCUAAUCUUGGAAGUUAGAGGGACGUGGAGCCUGGCGUGUUGGACGUUGGACCAAUUAGAGGCGGUAACACCUGUACCGUUCCGUCUCGCAACAAGACGAAUGCUUAGGCUACACUGUAGGGUAGCUCUUGUUGCGCGGAGCUCGUUUGUAAUCGUUCGAGACUGCACGAAUAGCUUAGCAUAGCUCCCACUACGAUGCAUGGAGCAAGGCGGAGGGAUAAGAAAGAUGCGCCGACUAGUGUCAACUAUUCGGGAUUCCACCUUAGUAGCAUGGCGGAUGCCUUUCAUAGACUGACCAGUGGUGCGACGGCAGGGUUGGGUGCUACUGCCACAAAUUUUAGGGCUUCCAAUGAUCCAUCAGGGGCCAGUAUUGAUGGAAGCAGAGUCAGCAGAGAUCCUCCUCCAGCUUCCGAUCUUCCUUCUGAAUCACUGCAGUCAUUCAUUCAACGCCUCAGAGAGGGAGACAGGAAUGCCGUGUACGUUCUCAUGCAAGCAUCGAAGGAGGCAAGUCGGAGGAAAGCUAGAAUACAUCCUGAAGAGCAUGCCCUCAUCAAGGAGUACUGCCGUAACCACUUGACCCCAAACGUCAGUAGCAGCAGUGUUGCCAAACGUAGCAAUCUCCAGGCUCAGUCACCAGAAACUCCCAGAAUAAUCUCGGUCGACGACCACCAGAACGGCAUGUCAUCUCCGUGUUCAAGUCCUACUAUGGAUGGAGGCCCGUAUGAUUCCUAUGUAGCAGCUCUUAGGUCUGGGGCUCGGCGUGGUCGUCACGGAGAGAACAACGAAGUCGUCAUCCCUUCCCUGAUGGACGAACAUCGCGAUGAUUUCCUCAAUGCUUGCGAGGAUUGCGAUUUUCAUUGCCCCGACGUGCAGCGCCAGGAUUUGGCAGCCAUUGGUAAUCAUCAAGAUGGUCGAUUAAUACAGCAGCAGCAGCAGCAAGCCCACAAUUCGCAGUGUCCGAUACCGGAUCCCAAUAAAGAUAGCAUGGCAUAUCUGCUGCUGAUGCCAACGGAAUCCAUGUAUUCAUCAGUCACUGAUGAGGCGUCUGCAAUGAUGAUGCAACAAAGGCUGCCUCCUCCCAAAGAAAAGUUUCAAUAUGGGCCCCGGAUCUCGGAUGCAUCUGAUGACAUGCAAAUGAUCGCAGUGGUUCGGAUAAAGACUGACGAAACAACGUCUGGUGGUGGGACCGACAAUAAUACAGCCUCCAUCAAUACCAGCAUACAAAGUCUCAAUGACAACACGAUACCUGAUAGUACAACUAGCAGCCACGCAAGGGACAAAGGAGUUGACGGCGUCGAGAUUCACAUUGACGACAAUGAAAUCGACGUGGAGUUGACAGGAUGCUCCAUCAAGAUUGGUUACGGCAGCGUUUCUGCCCCUUCCGCCGAGACUGCAAGGGACGAACAGGAAAACCAAAGGGCUCCGGACGAUGGCUUCUCUACGCCUUCGGAAGGAGAAAGCACUACAUCUAACGUAGACUCGCCAAUGGUGUUGGAUGACUCAGCAGAAGGCUGUACCGAACAGAGCGACAACACAACUGCAGGAGAAGAAAAUGAGAAACCACAGUCGACCGAUGAUAAUCCAAUGUUCUUCAAGCCAAUACGAGCUGAGGACGAAGAUCCGACGUCAGAGGAAAAUAGCUCGCCUCUCGAGUCGUCGUCAGCUCAUUCAACGUCAGAAUCGAACCGUAACAGCGAGAGCGCAACACCUAGCUAUUGCACAACAGAUGUUCCCCCGGACAGGCAUUGUUCGACUCAAGUUAAGACUUCAUUUCUUACCAUGUGGUCGUCCGGGUCCGGCUCGUCUCCACCAAGCUCUCCUUGUCACAGACCGUGUCAUCGGAGGAUCAGCAUGAGCUCGCGAUCGUCGCUUCAAAGACCUGAGCAUUUGUUGCCAUUUCAAACUGAAAGCAGCAGCAAGGAUGAGUGCCGAGCGCACCAGAGCGAGAAUGAUUCAUCUGGUCCUCAACCUGAAAUGGGAAUGGCACUUCCACCGCGACAAUUUCCCGAACAGAGGAGUCUCACUCAAGGACCACGGUGCAAUGAACCUUCAGUCAACCCUCGUGAUCCCGAAGGCGACAUUAGCAACUCUAAGAGCUUUCAAUGCACUGAGGAACCAGAAGUAGUCGAGCCAGAGGGUGAUCUGCAUUCUUGCGAUAGCUACUAUGUUCCCGGAAGCCCGGGAGCCACCAACAAACGAGAUUCCGACCUUGGGAUUCCACCGCAGAAGCAAAAUCAAGCGGACAAGGAACCUGAAGUGGGAACGUUAAACAUAGUCGAGUCUCAAUCAAGAGAAAUGACAUUCGUCACAAACGAAUCGUCCAGUUCCUAUGGGAAGUCAUACGAUUUCAGUGGGAAGUCUAGUAACUCAGGGUUUGCGAACAGUCAGUUUCCAAGCCACAGUUUCUCGCCUAACCAAAGCAGCCCAUCCUAUCUCAGCCCAAGGUAUUCUAGUGAAAACGAGGUGGUUGAUGACUACAAUUCCGAAAGUGCGUCACAAAUAUUGUCGCAAAUCUUGGGCAGCAAGGAUGACUUCGACACAUCAUAUAGCUCGCCCGGGAGAAGCUAUGACGAAUCUACUAUGGACAAGUCUUACCUGACUCCGUCAAGUCCUUCAGGGCAUUGCUUGUAUCUUACAGAGAGUGGCACCCAGGGGUCGUCCACGGCCGACGGCCAGAGAGACGCUCUGAGUGCUGCCCGAGAUCGAGACUCGUCUGGAACCAACGCAGAACUGCGAAUGUACUACAUAGAAAAUCGAACGGAAAGAACAAAUGUGAGUGACAGGAAUGUCCAGCUCUUCAAUGCUGCAGAUAAACUAUUUUUCAACACGGCAGCCGCCAUCCUUGGAGAGACACAGCCCAACCGCGAAUCGCCAGAUCGAGGACGAAGUGGAUCAUACUCAAGCGAGGAAUGGGCUGACUCCGAAUCCUCGGGAUCAAGCCUUGUUAUCACCGGGUCAGACUCUGACUCGUCAUCCUUUAUGUCAAGUCAAACGGGGGCUUCUCGAUCACCUCAAGAAUUGAACCGGAAAUUGUUGACUCCAAAGGUAUUAAGUGACGCUGCAGCAACCCCGAAUCUGACCCACCAAUAUGAAAUGCCAUUGGUCCAGGUACAUGUACCGGUACCAGAAGAUGGUAUGCUGCCGGAGCCCGAGUCCGAAACAGUGGAUUCUUCCAACCUGAUGCAACCCUAUGCUAUGCUGUCACUGCAGGUACAAAACGAUGCUGCACUUGCUGAAAAGGAAGAAUAUCCUUUGGUUUCGUCAUUGAUUCGGAAAGUGGAGUCAUACGAUGCCCAGAUCAUCGCAGAUAGAACCCGCCGCCAGCUGUUAAGAACAGCGAGCGCCAAUGCCGACCACGGCACCAAGUCGUUUUCUGAGGUAGAAAACGUGGAACCAUCCCGUGAUCCACAGCCUGCUGGAAAGUCACUCAUAACGAUGGACUCGUGGUCAACCUCGUCGUCAGUUUGCUCUUCUUCAGCUUCCAGAGCCGACAAAGACCCGCGGAAACCAAGCGGAGUUCAAUCGAUGACGAGAAACACGAGUGAGGAGGGUAUCUUCGGGGUCAAACGACGCUAUUCCGCAUCCUGCUCUUCGGAAAGUGACAUUAUUGUAGUGGAGGACAGUGAGCCCGAAGACAGUGCAUUGUUACGACAGACUUUAGAAAUUCCACAGAUUGUUGACAAUGCUGUGGAUCAACACAAGGACGAAUUCCAAAGACCAGAAUCAAUCAGUGCAUCCUUUUCCCCGGUUAUUUUAGAAGAAGGACAAGGUUGGGGUGAAGCCGUCGAAGAACACAAAGAUGAAUUCCAAACCCCAGCUUCAGUAAGCGCAUCUUUGUCCCCUUUUGUUGAACAGAAAGGACAAGGUUGGGGUAUUGGUGUGGAAGAAUACAAAGAGGAAUUGAAAAUCCCAGAGUCAACGGCUGCACCUUUCGCCCCCGUUGUUGAACAGCAAGGGAAACAUGGUUCGACAUUAUCAGAACUUGAACGGGAAGGCCCAUCACGCGACGACAGGCCAACAAGCCCAAUCAACCGAAGCGUGCAAAACAAGCACUAUCAAGAACUUGACAAAUCCACUUUGAAACAAGUAGAGCUUCAUAUUUCCCCAACUGAAAUUGACAUUGAAUUUGCAAGCUCGUCACAGUCUUCGGAUACGGAACCAAAGUCCAGAGAGGAAUCAUGGGGGGGACACGUUGAUCGAUUCACGCCACAAGCAUUUGGCGGCCAAGAAGAAGAAAAGACCGAGAUAAUACCACCUUAUCUCGAUUUGUCCUGUUCUUCGAGGGAGUAUGGGCGUUCCGGACAAUUCACAUCAAGUCAAGAGUCAUGCUCUGGACAAUUCGAAACUGUUGCAGUCGACGACGAAUGCGACGUGGAACAUAUCACAUUGCAAGCAAUGAACCAGGGAGAAAACGCGGGAGAGCUUCCUCGUUGUCUUCAGCUUUCGAGUGUUCCGGGGCCCGAAUUAUGUACAUCAGCGCACUCGCUGGUGCAGCCUGAACAACAAAACGAGCCAACCAAUGAAGGACAAAGCUAUGAGACAGAUGAAGAGAGCCUCACUCAUCAAGACGCCGUGCUCAAGCGACUUCUGUCAAGAAUGCGACACUUUGUGGGAUUGAGACGGCAGUCCGAGACAUCUCUAGCCGAGCCUCUGCUACCAAGAACUUCCAACAACUUGGACGAGGAGGGUGCACCAGCGCACACGAUGGUGCAGCAACAAAACGAGCCAACCACUGAAGAACAAAGCAACGAGACACAUGAAGAAAGCCUCACUCAUCAAGACACCGCGCUCAACCGACUUCUGUCAAGGCUGCAACACUUCGUGGGAUUGAAACGACAGUCCGAGACAGCUCUAGUUGAGCCUCUGCUACCAAGAAGUUCCUACAACUUGGAUGAGGAAGCGCUGUGGCAGAUUCGGUAUAGCCUUGAGCCUCCCGUGGAUACCCAGUUCCAUGAUGACUUGCUUUACAUAAUUGAGGAGGGGCACCUCACCAGGUCGAACGUGAGCCAUGCAAGAGCACCGACCAGUUGCUGCGCCAGUGUCUUCAAGAAAUGCUGCAGGGUCGGCGGAGGCUUUUGGUAUUUGUUCGCGGUUGUCUUCGUUGCCUCAGUUGUUCUUUUUUGAUGGGCUUGUGCACACGACCAUCAUCAGCUAGAAUCAAAGCUUGUUUCUGAACAGCAAUAGAAACAAUAGACAAGAAUAGCAGCUACUAUGUCAUAUCUAUAUAGCUACUGAAAAGAUUGGCAUGGCAAGGGAACAAGACGUGCGUCUUCUACCAGGACUCGAACAGUCAUGUCCCACUGGAAAUUAAAGGCCAUAGGAAGCAAGACGCGCAGCAGAGACCCCUUCCACUGCCACCUUCUUGUCUUUCUUCUUUUUCUUUUUCCGUGCCUUCUUUGUUUCGUUCGAGGAAGCUCCACUUGUCUUUGUCUCGCCGGAGGGAUCUUUACUUAUCUUUGUCGCUGGAGGAGCAGCAUCCGUAACCAAUGGCUUCUCACUGGAGUCUCGAGCCUUCUUCUCGCCACUCUUGUCGUGCGCUGCGACUGGUUGCUCCUUUGUCGUGUUGGAGAUCUUUUUGCCCUUCUUCUUGCGACGGCGUUUCUGUUUCUUGCCCUCGGUGGCUUCCUCACCUGCUGCUUCUGACGCGGGAGGCAGAUUGUCGUCGUCAUUGUCAUUGGUGGGCUUGUCUGCUGCUUUGAUUUCUUUGCUUUGCUUUUUGUUGCUCUCGCCGCCUUUUUUCAUGCGCCUACGCUUUUUCUUUUUCGGGGCAUCACUGUCUGGUGCUUCCUCAUGAUUGUCGUUGACAGUGAUACCCUGCUCUUUCAGUCGCUUUUCGGUUUCUGCAAUCUCUUCUCGAAGCUGUUCUCGAAACUUUCGUCGUUUUCUGCUACUCGCGUGAUACUCCUCACCCUCUCGGUACGGCGCCAGUUUCUUCAACGAGACGAAUUGGUUGAGCGUCUGAGGUCGUGCAAACAGGAUUUCUUCGGUGGUCAAUCCGUAGUUGUUGGGUUCCACCUGGCGAUACUUGAACCUAGUGGGCAUCCCCGCGACAAUAUCUUCGUAGUCUAGCUCAUAUAAUUUGUCCUCCAUCUUGGCUCUUACUUUCUUCUCCAGCUCUGUCUCGUCUGCUUGGUCGGGAUCAUCAUUAUCUGAAUCGUAGUGACCGUCUUCGCCUUCUUCUUCAUGAUGUUCUUCAUCUCCCAUCAGUUGGGAGUCAUUAUUAUUGUUGUCGAGUUCGCCUACGUCUUCUGCUUCUUCAUCGUAGUUGGUGUAAUCGACCUCUCCAUCCUCUUUGAGCGCCUUUCGAACAUCCUCAUCAGUCUUCCACUCGGAAUCUUCCUUUUCAUAGAAAUCAUCCCCAAAAGCCUCCUGCAUGCUCUUUUCAAACUUUUCCGGAUCAUAGUCACCCUCCAAAAGUUUCAUAAUGGCAGCUUCGUCCAUGGGGCCAUCGGGCUUGUUGUUGUCGUCAUUGUCAGUAUCCUUUUCAUUGGCAGCACCUCCCAGCACAGCUUUGACUCGUUUCAUUUUCUGUUCCAUUUCUUCUCGUUUGGCAUUCUUGAGUCGGCGUAACUUUUCUUCCUUGGCUUUGCGUUCGGCCGCUUUGCGUUCCUUGCGAACCAAUCGGCGGUCGCGUCGUGUUUCGUCUUUGCGACGGAGAGUAUUCAUGGUUUGACUCCGGGCAUAUCCUCGCACGGAAAAGUCGGCUCCCGACGUGGCAUCGGCUGCCAACGCUUCUUCAAAACGGAAAUUGUACUGGUGUUCCCAGUCAUCGGCUUGUUCCAAUUGUUCCAGUGAUUCCUCAUCAUCAUCGUCGUCCAUGUUGUCGUCUUCAGUCUUUU